CUUUUUAAGACUCAGAGGCCAGCUCAUCAGCAAUGGACUGUUCAAACCCAGAAGAGAGACAGUACAAGAAAACUGAUGUUCCUACAAACAUAAGUCUGCAGAUCACCCUGAAUGGAGGGGCACAACCUCACCACAGUGACCGAGUUCAUCCUGCUGGGCGUCACAGACCGCCCUGAGCUGCAGGCUCCACUCUUCCUCCUGUUCCUCAGCAUCUACCUGACCUCGCUGCUGGGCAACCUGGGCAUGAUCAUCCUCACCCAGGUGGACCCCAGGCUGAAGACUCCCAUGUACUUUUUCCUCAGACACCUGGCUCUCACGGAUCUUGCCUAUUCCACAGCUGUGGGACCCAAAAUGUUGGAAAAUUUUGUUGUGCAUCCAAAUACAAUCUCUUACUAUUGCUGUGCUAUCCAGCUUGCUGUAUUUCUUCUGUUUAUUGGUAGUGAACUUUUUAUUCUGUCUGCCAUGUCCUAUGACCGCUAUGUGGCCAUCUGUAACCCUCUCCUGUACAAUGUAAUGAUGUCACAAAAGGUAUGUUGGGUGCUGGUGGGGAUUCCCUAUCUCUACUGCACAUUUAUGUCACUUGUAGUCACCACAAAGCUUUUCACUUUGUCCUUCUGUGACCGCAAUGUUAUCAGUCAUUUCUACUGUGACUGUAUCCCCUUGUUAUCUUUACUGUGUUCAAAUACAUAUGAAAUUGAAUGGAUAAUUAUGGCCUUUGCGGCAUUUGACUUGAUUUCCUCACUCCUGAUGGUCCUGGUGUCCUACCUGCUCAUCCUCACAGCCAUCCUCAGGAUGAAGUCUGCAGAGGGCAGGCGCAAGGCCUUCUCCACCUGUGGGUCCCAUCUGACAGUGGUCACCGUGUUCUACGGGACCCUGAUAUUUAUGUACGUGCAGCCCACGUCCAGUCACUCCAGUGACAUGGACAAAAUGUCUUCAAUAUUUUAUACUUUGAUCAUUCCGAUGUUGAACCCUUUGAUCUACAGCUUGAGGAACAAAGAUGUAAAAUGUGCCCUUCAAAGGACCAUGCGAAAGAUAUGCUGUAUCUGUUCUUGA